AUGACAAAAAGAAAUUUCUCAGAAAUGAAAAAUUGCUCAGCUUCCCCUAGAAGAUCUUUGAGAAUAGCGGCAAGAGCCGCAUUACCACAACCAGAAUCACUCUCAACCACCACCCCACCAAAGAAGAGAGGUCGUCCACCAAAAAGGGGACGUGGACGACCUAGAAAAGAUAAAUGCAAUAUGACAGAAGGUAAAAAAUUAUUUUUUGAAUUUUGA